GGUAAAAAGAGGUGUGGAAGAGCUGGAUUGACCAGAGACUUCUAUGCACUCUGGUGAAGCCAGGUCAAGAUUUGAGAACAAGAGGACCUGACUUGGAAUCCUUUUUCAAAAGUUUUAGUAGGACCUUCCUGGGCAAGUCACUGAACCCCUGAAUCUCAGUUUCCUCAUCUGUAAAAUGAGGCUGUUGGACUUCAUUUCUUAUCAGCUCCCUUUAGGGGAUUUGUCUGUGUCCUUAAGAGGUCAGGGUUUGGGAUUGAAGGGCCAUGGAAGUCUUCUGCAGGUGCCAGAAGAGCUAUACUCAUCCCUUCUGAGCUCUUUAGUGUCCCGAAACAUGUAUGAGUAUUUACUUUGUGCCAGGUCCUAUGCCAAGUUUUAGGGAACAUAAAGGGCUGCAGUGGACAUCCCCUGACUUCAUGGAGCACACCCUCUGCUGGAGCCUAAAGCAUGCCAACAGUUCUCUAGAAACCCUCUUGAUCCCAGCUCCAGAACAGCUAAUCAGGAGAGGAAAAGCUCUGAAGAGAAGGAACUCUUAGAGAGGUCAGGUCUAAUGUGGGGAGGUGACAAUGAAAGAAAAGCAAUGAAAGGAGGAAAUAACCAAAAUUCCAAAGAUAAAAAUAAAAACCACUGUUUGCAUAGGGCAUAGUUUCACACACUAUAAAUAGUAUCUCAUGUAAUCCUCAUAGGAGCCCCAGGAGUUCUUUGAUACUAUCAUGUCCAUGUUAUCAAGUUGAGGAGACUGAGAUAGCCAGAGCUCCUGUGAAUUUCCCAGGGUUAAAAGUCCUAGCAAAUUUCUGAGGUAGAAUUAGAACGCACCCCCCCACCUAUAUGGGAAUUUUUAAGAAGAAUACAAAAAUUCCAGAUUAUAUGUAAAUUGAGAAAUAGGAAGACAAUUGUAUAAGCUCCCUUGCUGAGGGAUGAAAAAUGUUUCCUUACUUUUAGCCCUCUAACCAGUAAAGUGAAUUGCUACCUACCUUGAGAAAGAUUUAUUUUUCCAUUGACUCAUGACAAGAAGUAUAUUAAACGAUGAAUGUGGUUGGAGAUCGAUGGCAUACAUUGCAUUGUGUGUGGCUUUUUUUUGGGGGGGGGGGGAUAAAGUUUAUCUAGAAAUCUACUUCAUAUGGGUGGAAUUUCAUUUUUUCUACUAUUGGCAAAUUGGCACCAUUCUCACUGAAAUUACUGAAUGACUAGUCCAUGUUACCAAAUAAUUAUUUUAAGAAACAUCAAGAUAGAAGAAUGAUGACAUAAAUUUAGGUAAAUUCAAAACAUAAAACAACAACAGCAUUGUAGUGAGUGGCCAGUGGAGGGCUGUUUUGAUAAAAAGGUUGUGGUUAGCGAUGGUUUCAUAAUGACCUCUACUCUUCAUAUCUAGUGACCAGGUUGCAAAGACUCUGCUAUCUCUGCUCCAAAAAUGCAAACCCAGAAGGUGAGAUCAAACCUGAAAUGAAAGUGACUACAACAGAAGUGAGCCUUUCUGUGGAAGAAACAGAGAAACAAAAAAUCAUAAGUGAUGGUCUGGAUAACUUAGCUUGCAAAAAAUUCUGUGUUGAAUUUCAAAAUUCAUCCCUUCCUAAACAUCAAAGAAUGAACUCUGAGGAAAAGUCUCAUGAAUGUAAUCAGUGUGGAAAGACUUUUAUGCACAGGGCCAGUCUUGCUGGACAUCAGAGAAUCCACACUGAGGAGAAACCUUAUGAAUGCAAGCAAUGUGGAAAGACAUUCAGUCGGAGCUCCAGUCUUGCUGUACAUCAGAGAGUCCACACUGGGGAGAAACCUUAUGAAUGCAAGCAAUGUGGAAAGACAUUCAGUUGGAGUUCUAAUCUUGCUUCACAUCAGAAAAUCCACACUGGGGAGAAACCUUAUGAAUGCAAUCAAUGUGGAAAGAAAUUCACUUAUAACUCUAAUCUUAUUCACCAUAAGAGAAUCCACACUGAGGAAAAACCUUAUGAAUGCAAGCAAUGUGGAAAGAUGUUCGAUCAGAAAUUUAGUCUUGCUGUACAUCAGAGAAUCCACACUGGGGAAAAACUUUUUGAAUGCAAGCAAUGUCAAAAGACAUUCAUUUGGAGCUCCCAACUGGAUGUACAUCAGAGAAUCCACACUAGGGAGAAACCAUAUGAAUGCAAGCAAUGUGGGAAGACAUUCAGUCAUAGCUCAACUCUUAUUCACCAUCAGAGAAUCCACACUGAGGAGAAACCUUAUGAAUGUACACAAUGUGGAACGACAUUUAGUCAGAGGUCUGGUCUUGCUCAACAUCAGAGAAUUCACACUAAGGAGAAACCUUAUGAAUGCAAGCAAUGUGGAAAGAUAUUUACUUGGAGCUCCACUCUUGCUUCACAUCAGAGAAUCCACACUGGGGAGAAACCUUAUGAAUGCAAGCAGUGUGGAAAGACAUUCAAUCGGAGCUCUGGUCUUACUUCACAUCAGAGAACUCACAGUAAGGAGAAACCUUAUGAAUGCAAUCAAUGUGGAAAGAAAUUCUCUUUGAGCUCCACUCUUGCUCACCAUCGGAAUAUCCACACUGGAGUGCGACCUUAUGAAUGUAAGCAAUGUGGAAAGACAUUUAUUCAGAGCUUCAGUCUUGCUGUACAUCAGAGAGUCCACACUGCAGAGAAAUCUUAUGAAUGCAAUCAUUGUGGAAAAACAUUCAGUCGUGGCUCCAGUCUUGCUGUACAUCAGAGAAUACACACUGGGGAGAAACUUUAUGAAUAUAAGGAAUGUGGAAAGACAAAAAGUUGAAGCUCCCAACUUGCUGUACAUCAGAGUCCACACUGGGGAGAAACCACAUAAAUGCAAGCAAUGUGGAAAGACUUUCAUUUCAAGCUCCACUCUUGCUCACCAUUGGAGAAUCCACAGUGGAGUGAAACCUUAUCAAUUGUUAAAUUUUUUGGUUGAAUUGAAUAUUUUGGUGGCUGCCAGGGAUUUAAUUCCUAAUUCCCAAAAUGAAUUACUAAAAUAAAAUGUAAUUUAUGGUUGUUUAUUUUACAAUAGAGGAGAGAUAUUAAGUAAGAGAGGAAAGGGGAGAAAGAGAGAAACCUCCAGCUUCCUCUGAGCCAGGUAGACAUUCUAAGCACCAGUCAGUGGAAGGAGUCUCAAGAUGAUGGGCCUUUCUUAGAGGUUCACACCUCCAGAAAGGACAAGGAAGAAAAUCAGCCUUACACUCACCAUGGUGACUGUCUAAAAGGAAAGCAGUCUGAGGUCUACUGCAUGAGCUCAUCCAAGGGUCCAGUUUCACAGCCAAGUGCCUUCACUCCAAGUCUGAGUGUCUGUCUUCCAUUCUAUUCUGAAGUGUCUCUUUACUCCAAGCCUGAGUGACUGGUCUCUGUGUUUCUGUUUUCUCUAUUUAAAGAUCUUUUUUUCUCGUGUCACCUCUCCUAAGUUUUAUGUCUACCAAUCACAGCAGAUGUUUUUCUCCAGGUCUGCCCACUGUCACACGUGGGUCACAAACCUCCCACUUAAUGUAUGAAAUAGGUGUUCACACCUUUUUGUAGUUAGUUUACACCUUUUGUGGUUAGCUAGCAUCUUUUUUGGUUAGUUAACACUUUUGUAGUCAAAAUGUGUAGAUCUACUUUAAAUACUGAGUUAACACUUUGGGGAUCAAAAUAUAAGACCAGACAGGGGAUUACAAUUUAAUCUUCACAAUCAAGGAAGAGAUAAGUACCUUCAUUGUUACAAUCAGGGAGAGGCAAAUCCAAACUUCACAGAAUGUAAGUAAUGUGGGAAGACAUUCAGUCAGAGCUUGAGUCUUGCUGUACAUCAGAGAAUCCACACUGGGGAGAAACCUUAUGAAUGCAAUCAUUGUGGAAAGACAUUCGGUCAUGACUCCAAUCUUUCUGUACAUCAGAGAAUUCACACUGGGGAGAAACCUUACGUAUAUAAGGAAUGUGGAAAGACAAAAAGUUGAACCUCCCAACUUGGUGUACAUCAGGAUCCACACUGGGGAGAAACCAUAUGAAUGCAAGUAAUGUGGAAUGACUUUCUCUUGGAGCUCCACUUGUGCUCUAUAUAAGAGAAAUCAUGGAUUUUCACAUAGAACUCUCAACUUGCUUUAAGAUUGGGUACAAAUGGGCAUAUGAUUUGUAUUUAAAGUAUGAUACCAUAAGUAAAGUGAGGGAGUAUGUAAUAGUUCACCUUUUGCAUCAUUUUAUUGAUAGGGGAGGAAUUUGUGACCAAAUUAGAAAUAAAAAACAUUCUGGGAUG